AUGGAGGGGGACCUGAACGAGAUGCAAGUGCAGCUGAACCACGUCAACAGGCAGUCCACUGAGUCCCAGAAAGUACUGCCCCAACUACAGGUCCAGAUCAAGGCAAGUCCUUCAGCAGCCAGUCUGACAACUCCACACUCACUUAUGGCCUCUGUGACAAUGUCCAGACAAGGUACCUCUUGUUUGGUUUUUACAGUGCUUUGUAUACACUGUAACAAACUCUUCAGACUAAUUAACAAAUUCAAGUUAGCUACUUGACUCAUCCACACUUCAGAUUGUUUGCCUGCUGGGUUAUGUCAAUAGCGUUCUGUACUGAACACUGUCUGUGUCCUCUGUAACCCCAGGACCUGCAGCUGGAGCUGGAUGAGAUGCUGCACCAGGACGAGGAGCUGAAGGAGCAGGUGGAGGAGCUCCAGGCCCUGCUGGAGCAGAACGACCGCACACGCAAACUGGCCGAGCACGAGCUGCUGGAGUCCACCGAGAGGGUCCACCUGCUACACUCCCAGAAUACAGCGCUCAUCAACCAGAAGAAGAAGCUGGAGAGUGACCUGUCUAUGCUGUCCACUGAUUUGGACGAGGCUUCUCAUGAAUGUCGCAACGCAGAGGAGAAGGCCAAGAAGGCCAUCGCUGAUGUAAGGGAGAGACCCAGAAAUUCAGGCUAGAGUUACUUGUGGGUCUAGAGUUUCAAUUAAAUUAAUUGCAGAUUACAACGAUCCUACAUUGGAAAACUGGAGCCAUACCACAAAUCAAACUCUUCUCUCUGUCAUUAUCCAGGCGGCCAUGAUGGCUGAGGAGUUAUUAAAAAAGGAGCUGGACACCAGCUCUCACCUGGAAAGGAUAAAGAAGAACAUGGAGCAGACCAUUAAGGACCUGCAGAUGCGCCUGGACGAGGCCGAGCAGAUCGCCCUCAAGGGCGGCAAGAAGCAGAUCCAGAAACUGGAGGGCAGGGUAAGAGUCCAGAGAGCAAUCCAUCUGUUCCUAAGUAACACCAUGCAUUAAUUUCCAAUCACUAGAUUGUUGACAUAAUAGGCAUGCUCAGGGUAUUCCUAUAGUGAUUUAGCCCUUAUGGUUAAACCAUGUUUCUUUUAUUAAAUGUGUUUAAUGGUAUAAAUGUUCAUAAGGACAAUGGUAUACCUAAUGAUACAUGACUACACCUACGAACCGAAGAGGACACAGCAAUUUACUUGGUUAGAGUUCUUCACCUCUUCACCAUUACUGAACAGUGAGUGUAGAUCAGUGGUGUGACAGUGUCCUAUUGACAGAGCUGGAGAAUGAGCUGGAGUCUGAGCAGAAGAAGAGGCAGGAGUUCCAGAAGGGGGUCUGCAAGUACGAGAGGAGAAUCAAAGAGCUCACCUACCAGGUACUGAAACACAGCACCUUCUUCAUAACCAUGGGGGAAAUGUAGCAAGAGAUCUGUGUCAUACAGUUACCCCAAUGUUAUGAUUUUGCCCCGCACUUCAUUAGGUUCAAGUGAUCAUCUUAAUGAUGGAUCAUAUUAAUAUUAUAUUAUUUUUCUAUGAUAUGGUGGUGUAGUGGUGUAGUGAUGUAGUGAUGUUGUAGUGGUGUAAUGGUGUAGUGGUGUAGUGAUGUAGUGAUGUUGUAAUGGUGUAGUGAUGUAGUGGUGUAAUGGUGUAGUGUUGUAGUUAUGUAGUGGUGUAAUGGUGUAGUGUUGUAGUUAUGUAGUGGUGUAAUGGUGUAUUGUAGUGAUGUAGUGGUGUAAUGGUGUAGUGUUGUAGUUAUGUAGUGGUGUAAUGGUGUAGUGUAGUGAUGUAGUGGUGUAAUGGUGUAGUGUUGUAGUUAUGUAGUGGUGUAAUGGUGUAUUGUUGUAGUUAUGUAGUGGUGUAAUGGUGUAGUGUUGUAGUUAUGUAGUGGUGUAAUGGUGUAUUGUAGUGAUGUAGUGGUGUAAUGGUGUAGUGUUGUAGUGAUGUAAUGAUAUAGUGGUGUAGUGCUUCAUGCUGCCCCCUGCUGUUUGUGUUUGUCCCUGCAGACAGAGGAGGACAGGAAGAACCUGGCAAGUCUGCAGCAGCUCAUAGACAAGCUGCAGGCCAAGGUGAAGAGCUACAAGAGGCAGGCUGAGGAAGCAGUAAGUCCCCAUACCAUUUCCAGUUUACUGUUGUGUUACUGCAUGGAAUGUGGGUCUGUUUCCAAAUGACCUACAGUGGUAUGAUCUAGUUCCCUGCUCUCUCUGAUCUGUCCAUCUGUCCUCUCCCCUCAGGGGAACAAGCCAACUCCAACCUGACCAAGUUCAGGAAGAUCCAGCAUGAGCUGGACGAUGCAGAGGAGAGGGCUGAGAUGGCCAAGACCACGUCAACAAGCUCCGCGUUCGCACUCGGGACCAAGGGCCCAAGGUCAGUAUUACAAUUUAUGGAAGAUACCGGUAAGGUGUGAUAUUAUCACAUAACAUGUGGCUAACAAUUCAGAGAAAAUAUUAUUUUUGAUUUGUAACAAAAAUCUCACUAGACUCAACCAGUCAGCUGAAGUUGGUCUGCUCUGGAGUAUUUAGGGCAUAUAACUGAAACAUAUUUAUCUUGUGUAUUUCAUCUUGCAGAGUAAUCCAGAGGAUAACUCCCCAACCAAAGAUAUCACAGCCAGCCAGCUGCAACAGUUGUGGUGUGACUGUGUGGGUGCAAUAUAGACCCAAUAAAGACUUCUAA